UUAAGAGUUCCUUUCACUGGAACUAAGGGGCCGAGCCCAACCCCUGAAAAACAACACCUGAAUUCAAUGAUUUGGAGGGGUGUCCCAAAACUUUUGGCAUAUAUAUAAAAAAUUAAUAAUAUUAUUUAUUGUUAAAAUAAUACAUAAUAAGAGCAGACGGUGAAGGAGUCUGCUGGACAUCUCAUCACUUUGCAGGUCUGGAACCUUCUGGAAGAAAGUUUGGAGUGAGUUGCGUCAUUGUGUCGUAACAGAAGAUGACGUAGAGAAUGUAAGAAGAAGGUUUCAGUGUUUAUUGUAUCUUUCUAACAGAGCGGCUUAUUAACCGAGGUCAGUGCUACAAUGCUGCAUUUAAUGAGUUUAUUUCGUUUUCGGAUGGCGGAUCUUCCUGUGCGCCCUCUGCUGUUUGCGGCUGGAGCUGCAGCCACGGCCACAGGGGUUUAUUACUGGAUGAAGAAGCGCGGGAAUGGAGAGAAAACAGAGGAGCUCCCGGACACAGCUCUCACCGAGGAUUCUGCUUCGGUGGAGUCCGAUGAGGACGAUGUCCGAGUCCCAGAGUCUGACCGCGCUGUCCACCCUGAGGUUUCUCUGGUUGAGGCUGAGGAGGAGAUUCAGAAGGACGAGGUGGUCAGUGCUCCGGUGGACAGUGAGAGAUCUGACCUGAAGGAUGGAGUGAGGGAGCAGGAGGAAAGGCUCCGUGAGGCACACAGGGAGUGUGAGUGCAAAUCCAAGGUGUCUUUGGCUGAAACUGAGGAGAAAAAUGAGCUGGUGGUUGUGUCCUGUGCUCAGCUAAAAAGGGAGAAGGCUGGACUGAUGUCUGAAGUGACCAAACUGCAAGGCUCAGUGAAGGAGCUGAAGAAAGAACUGUUUAAGAUCGGGUUAGAGCAUGAUGGAUUAGCGAUGGAGUGUAAGAUGAAAUGUAUGGCGAUAGCCAGCCUAGAGGCCCAGCAUAAAGCCAUGAAGUCUUCCACACGAAAGGAGUAUGAGGAAGUGUGGCAGGCUCACAGUGAGCUGGAGAAGCAAUGUAAGCAGCUGAAGAAAACUUUAACAGACAAACAGGUCUCUCUGGCUAACGCUGAGGCAAAAUAUCAGAAUUUAGUAAGGUCGGAUAACAAUAUGGUCCUCCAAGUAAAAGAAUGCAUACUGGAAGUUUACCAGAGCAAGAAACAAAUGCAAGAUCGUGACAUCGAGGCCAUCCAGUCAUCAUUCGUGGAAUUAUUAAAACAGCAGACUGACUUAAUAAUACAGUGUAAUCAGUUGCGGCAGGCUCACAGUGACCUGAAAUCCAAGUUCACGCAGAUGAAGGAAACCCUCAACAUGCCACUAAAUGAGCAGGAGCAAAGUCAGGCACACAGAAACCAGAAGGCAGAGCACACAGCGAUGAUGGAAACUCUGAAACAGUGCUUUGAGUUACUCAAAAACCACCUUGAAGAUGUGGAGUGUUAGGAGUCUGAGGAACCUAGAAAGCCUGGGGAACAUGACGAGCAUAGGGAACAAAAAUGAAAAUAAAUCACCACUUCUUUCUCCUUCCCUUGGGGAUUUUCCCCUAGAGCAGAUAUGAGACUAAACGCCUCCGUUUUUAAUUUUUAAAGAUUGUAUUGAGUGAUGUGGGAUACUCAAACUAAGGAGGAGACAACACAGCCUUCAGGAAUUGUUAUUGGCUGGGCACUUAGAGCAGGACAAAAGACUAAACCAUCUUACCAACUUGUUUCUGUUACCUGAUCAUUUGCCUGUGAUAGAUGCUUUCACAGUGGAUCUGAUGCCAUAUUGACAUCCUCCUUUUCGAUUUGGUCAUCACUGGAAGUACAUCAGCCAACGUGUAAGUGAGGGUAACACAAGAGUACUGCUGAAUCGGCUUCAGAAUCUCCUUCGGUUUGGGUAUAUCUGUUGGCUUUUUAAUGCUUUGCACUGCUUUCUGCAAUAGCCAACAGACCGUUUCAAACUGGUCAAGUCUCAGGGUUGCUGUCAGCUCACAGGUGCUUUAUCCUACUUGUGGAGUGAUUGUAGAAUGAAUGAUUUGUAUUCACCGUAUACAUCUGGCUCACAGCAUUUGCUGAAUCUACAGCUGCCAGAGCUUGAAUCACGAAGCAGUUCUCUCUGUUCAAAAGAGCAUAAACUCCAUCAUGAUUUCCUGUCAAAGUGUGAACUUCACAUCUUCACAUUCAUAUCAACUUCACAAGAGCUAAACACUUUGUCUACUCCAUCGACAGUUUUAUAUUUAAGCCUCAUGGACUUUUCUGCUUGUACUGAGGUCUUCCGGGUCACACGGAGCACAUCCUGGUUAGCGGACACGAAGUAUGACAAUAUUCCUGCAUACCGAGCCGUUCUUUGCUUUCAUUGCGUUUUGCCUGUAUUGUUAUCGACCUUGUCCUGUUUUUUAGUUUUCAUGAGUUUUUUGAUUGUUUGCCACACGGAUUGGUCUAUUGGUUUUUCUGUAUUUUCUGCCUGUAUUUUUUCUGUACUUAGCUGUCAGCAAGAUGAGGCCACACAAAGCUGCCAAAGUCUUCAUCUAACUGUUGAAACAAGCAGCUGAGGCGUGGGGCUGGCUGGAGUGAGUGGUCUGCAGGCUGCUGCUGCUACCUGGGAAGCCCAGCUUGCGGCUUAAUAGCUCUCUGUUUACAGCUUUGAACUUCUGUCACGGUGCUCGAUUUUGCUCUCAGGUCUCCUCAUUGAACAUUUGAUGGCUGUUGUACGUCCCAGGAAUCAACACCACAACGUCCACAUGUAAACGUGAUAUUUAUUAACAAAAGCUCGUGUCAUUAAUACAAGAAACUUUUACACACUAGACACAGCACACGUGCGUUUUUCUGAUACCUAGUAGUGAUGUGUCGUUCACGAAUGAUUCGUUCAUUUUGAACGAAUCUUUCCCAUGACUCGAGAACAUCGAGUCAUCUCGGGGAGUGAAUCAUUCAUUUUGUGUAGACGGCGCAUGCGCAACAUCGCAUAAGCUCAGUAAACAGAAAAGAUAAGUUCACCUUUCGAGUCCUUGGGUUCGAUUCAUUCGUUCAUCACGUGACAGCCCCAUAUGCUAAGGCAAUGCAGUCUGAGCCGGAAACAGAAAAGAUUAGUUCACUUUUCGAGUCUUCGGGUUUGUACCGUGACAUGACCGCUUUAUUGGAUAAAGAAAUGAGUUCAUUCUCAAACAUCCUUACAGUUUUUUACUCUUACUGUUAUGUAAUGCAAUAUAGCUUUUUAUUUCCUACAGACUAUAAAUGUGUGAAUAUCUGCCAUUAUGGUUCUUUUCCAUAACACUAAAUGUUUUAAUAAAGAGUUGGUUAAUGCUUUAAACUUCAUUAGGGAAAAUCAUUCUUUCUUUCUUAUUUAUCUACUUACUUUUUAUUUUAUUUAUUAACUUACUGUUUAUUUAUUCUUUGUAUUAUUUAUCUGAAUAAACCUCAGCUAACCCUGCAGUGUAGAAAAUAGAAAUGUAUAAAUUCAUGCAUAAAUCUGAGUGUUGUUUUUAAUCCAUAUGCAGUUAUUUAAUAAUAUAGAAUCUGACCUAAACAUAACCU